UGGGAAAGAAAAGGUUGUAGACCUUGUGGUAAGCGGCUUCGGAACGUUUUACGACAGCUCAUACAACAUCAACAUACAAAAACAACAGCUCUUAAUCUUCGCCGCGGUUGAUGGACAGAAGUUCUUAUCAGGUGCAUGACUGAUUAUCCGAAGAGCACUGAAUCCAGUUCGAAUCAGCGGUUUUCGUCAAUUGCCAUCAAUGAAUGAAAAAUCCAGCAAUAUAUUUAAAUGACAUAUUCAGCGCUGAGCUCGGACGACGAAGAUACUUACAAGCACUCUCACGGAUGACAUUUCCUCUUCCUUCACAUUUCCCAUUUUUGCCUCACAAUGUUUGUGCCUAAACUUGCAUUGAGGCAAAGGAAGAGUAUCUAUGACGUUGGAAGGAAAUUUUUUACCAUCGUUGGUGUAGCGUCGCUCCCAGGAUCAUUUAUAGUGAACGCGCCGUUCGGUCGUUUCACUCCUCGAAGUCCAUUUCUGACUAUUGAUGGAAGGCUGGGAUGGGUCCUCAUGGAGCUCUGGUCUCCCCUAGGAUUCAUUUAUGCAAUGUUCAAUUCGCCGCUAUCAGAGGAAUCUCCCCGAUUCUCGAUGCCCCAGAUUGUUCUUGUCAGCUGCUUCAUGGUCCAUUAUCUCAAUCGCGGUUUCCUUUCUCCGGCGCGCGCCCCAUCUCGUUCUCGAAUGCACGUCUUCAUGCCACUUACUGGGUUAAUAUUGAAUACGACCAAUGGAGGAUUAAUAGGGUCGUACAUCUCUUCACCCAUAGCGUUCCAACACCUUCAGCCGGAAACUGCCUUUUCAUCCCCUCAAUUUUACAUCGGCGUAUUCCUCUGGGCAGUUGGAUUUCUUGGCAACUUCUGGGCAGAUGAAAUACUCUCCGACAUUCGAAAGAAGGGGGCUUUGAGGGGAAAGGAAAAGAAGCUCUCCAGUGGAGCGGAGUACUACGGUAUUCCGCAUGGAUUCCUGUAUAGGUGGAUAUCGUUUCCAAAUUAUUUGUGCGAGUGGGUGGAAAUGCUUGGAUGGGCGUUGGCCGCAUCACCGAUCCCUAAGCUUACUGACUUGGAAUGGCUCUUGAGCGUGAAUGGUAUAUAUACUAUGGCAUUCACCACUCCGCCGUCACAAUUUGCACCAACUUUGACUCCUCCGUGGAUCUUUCUAAUAGUCGAACUUUGUUUGAUGCUUCCGAGGGCAUACAAAGGUCAUCAGUGGUACAAGGAGAAAUUCGGCGAUGCGUUUCCUAAAGAAAGAAGGGCUGUUAUUCCGUAUGUCUUCUAGUCAGGGAGAUGCCUCGAGUUUUCUGCCUCGAUGCGUAAUUGAAAUGGCUCCAUGGCCUGCCUGCCGAAGAAAGAUUCAUAGUCGACGUAGGUCGACAUACAGCGGUAGAAAGGUGAUUUUUGUUUUGACAAGGUAAAUGAACUAAAUCGGAUCACUCCUUGAGACAAAAUAAUCAGCACGCCCCGAGAAGCGAGGUAAGUAUGUUCCCGGUACGUUCAAAGGAACUCGCAGAUUCGUACAACGGCAUUUCCCUCUUACAUUAUCUCAGACAUCCGAUG